AACAAACCUAAGCUUAGCAUGAAAGAGAGUAUGAAAGUUCUGAUCUCUUCAAAAUAUGUGAGGGGCCUUGCUACCUUAGUUGUUGCAUAUGGCAUUAUAAUCAAUUUUGUGUAAGUCACAUGGAAAUCGAAGCUCAAGGCACAG